CAAGAGGUCAAGGCGGCAGCUUUUAGCACACAAAACGGCUUGGGCUCAGAGUAGAUCACUAACUAACUAAGUAUUUAUUAAAAAAGACGUCGUACAGCGAUGACAGCAUCAUGUGUUUAUUUAGCGGCUGAUGCCUACAUGGUCUGCCUAACUCAUGCUUUAUCAACGGAGAGAGAAGAGAUCAUGGGACUUUGUAUUGGAGAGAUUGACACAAACCGAGCUGUGCAUAUCAUGUCCGUCAUCAUGCUACGAAGAUCAGAUAAGAGCAAGGACCGUGUGGAAAUCUCUCCGGAGCAACUCUCAAUGGCAGCUUCCGAGGCGGAAAGCUUAGCAACGUUAAUGAAGCGUCCCUUGAGGGUAAUAGGCUGGUACCACUCUCAUCCUCACAUCACUGUGUGGCCUUCACAUGUUGACGUACGAACCCAAGCUUCAUAUCAGUUCCUUGACGACGGCUUCAUUGGUCUCAUCUUUUCCUGCUUCAACGAAGAGAAAGAAACACAUGCUGGUCAGGUGCAAGUCACAUGUUUUCAAUCGACCAACCAGAGCCCUGAAGGAGAACCCCCAAAUUACGACCGAUUGGAAAUCCCACUCUUCAUCGUACCCAAAGACACAAUAAGUACAGCUUGCUUAGAUGCACUGGCAGAGCUGCCGAAAAUCUUAUCCCAGGAGGAGCAGGAAGCAUACAACAAGGCUGUUCUAAAUACAGGGGGAGAAGACUUACUGACAACAGUACACAACGGCGCGGUGUAUACCAAAUCCCUAUGUCAUCUAAUGGACGUUCUCAGUGGGCCGCUUAUGCAGUGUAUGGAGACCAGAUUAGAAAGGAAUAAACACAAGCUGAUAUCAUUACAACAACAAAAACGAGAUUUACAAAAUCAACUUAGAGUUGCUAGUAGCUAGAGCUUUUACCAAACACUGGUUGCAGAUACUUUAAAACCUGUUAGAGACCACAAGCGUCUUGAACAAUAAUGCCCAUAGCAGCCACAAAUGGCCACAAGAUUUGACCUUUUUACUCUUCAGAUGAAGUAAAGGAUUUUAUAACAGUGGUGUAGUUGCAUAAAACAAAUGUUGUAUACUGCAUCCGAAAUUCUGUCAAAAAAUUUCAAGAAGUUCUAAGUUCCCUUAUAAUACCUAGCCAAAUAGCAAGGUUACCGUCAGGGCAGUAAAAAGUUCCCUAAUUGGCUUCUGUCUCUGCCUUUCACCUCUGUACAUUGUCUUUGAUUAUGAAUUGCACAAAUCAAGAAAUGGUAAAUCGGUAAGGCGUGAGAUCUUUUCUUCCACUAAUAUUGUUUGGAUCCAGGAGGGGAGCUGUGGUUGUGGAAUCGACAACAAUGGCCCAAAAGGGAAGAGCUUGAAGCUGGGCAAGUACACCCAGUUUUAAAGACACUGUGUGGGAUACCAGGGGCGUUUUUUGUUUUACUGUGGAAGAAAAGAUCUUGAGCCUUACUAGACGACAAUACUUAUUCUAAUCACUGUGAAAUCAGUGGUUAGCUUGGUGGAAUUAUGUAGGACUCAACCAAACCUACAAGCUUGUGAUUACAAGUCCUCCUGCAGCUAACCACUAGACCACUCUGACAACGAGUACAUUAAUUUUCAGCCGGGUCAACAUUUACUGGCAUUUAACAAAGCUAUGUGUUCAUCUAUGAAACAUUUCUGCAACCAACAUGUACAUAAUGUAAUGAAAUAAUGUCAUCUGUGUAACAUAUCAUUUUAACUUUCAAGUUUUCAUGAUAUGAUUAAUGUACUGAAGAAUUGUAUAUAAAUGUAUCUACAAAGUAAUGAUUAAAUAUGAGUUUAUUACUCUGGAUCUUACAAGCUUCAA